CCUUCUUUUCUAUUUAUAUUACCCUUCUCCUUUGCUUACAGCUUUAGAAAGAAAGAUGUCAAUGAGGCAAAGCAGAGAGGAGCUUAUAAAACGAGGAGUGCUGAAAGAAAUUUUUGAUAAAGAUGGGGAACUUUCCAUACCAGAUGAAGAAGGAGCUUUGGAGAAUGGGCAGCCUUUGGGCUCUGGGCAAGUUCUGAGCUCCAGCCAGGUAUCCCUGCCAGCCCUAGCAGAACUGGAAUCAGGUCCAGCACCUGGGGAACCCUGUUCAUAUGAGGUGCUCCCAACCACAGAGAUCAUGGAUGGGACAGUGUCUGAAGAGAGCCCUACAUCCAAUGAACCCAGCGUCCUUCUGUCCCAAGAUCCUACAGCUAAGCCAGUCCUGCUACUUCCCCCAAAAAAAUCUGCUGCUUUCCCUGGAGACCAUGAGGACACCCCAGUGAAACAGUUGUCCCUCCUCAAACAGCCCCCUGCCCUGCCUCCUAAACCUAUUGCCAGGAUUGCCAGCCACUUAACUGAUCCUGGCGCUCCUGUGAAACUGCCUUGUAUGCCAGUUAAACUGUCACCUCCACUACCUCCAAAGAAAGUCAUGAUUUGCAUGCCUUUAGGGGGGCCAGACCUCUCUCUCUCAUCCUAUUCCACUCAGAAGAGCUCCCAGCAGCCUUUGACCCAGCACCAUCACACUGUCCUGCCAUCCCAGUUAGCAGCUCACCAGCACCAGCUCCAGUACGGCAGCCACAGCCAGCACCUACCUUCUGGGGCCAGCACGUGGUCCAGCACGUUGCCCAUUCACCCUUCAGGGUGCCGGAUGAUAGAGGAACUGAACAAAACACUAGCCAUGACCAUGCAAAGGCUAGAAAGCUCUGGUUUACACACAGGUGACAGUGUUACAAAAACAGGACCUACGGGCCUUCCAGACAUGAGACAAGUGCCAACUGUUGUGAUCGAAUGCGAUGACAAUAAAGAAAAUGUGCCUCAUGAAACUGACUACGAAGAUUCUUCCUGCCUCUACCCAGGAAGACAGGAAGAGGAAGAAGAUGAAGAGGAGGAUAACUCAUUAUUUACAAGCUCCCUGGCAAGGAAGAUCUGCAGGCAGGACUCCUUAGCAAUCAAACUAAGCAACAGGCCUUCCAAGCGAGAGCUGGAGGAAAAGAACAUCCUCCCCAUGCAGACUGAUGAAGAGAGGCUUGAACUUAGGCAGCAGAUUGGGACAAAGUUAACAAG